GCCUGGGUCGCAGAGACCUCUCCGACUUUGCCCCAGAGAUACCGUCGCCCGGACUCCGACCCUCCCCCGGCCAAGUCCGAGGCCCCGGCGACCCCUGGAGUGGGGGCCUGCCGGGCCGGCCCACGCCCGCCGUCGCCAUGGCAUGCAGUUUGCAGAAGCUGUUUGCUGUGGAAGAGGAGUUUGAAGACGAGGAUUUCUUGUCUGCCGUGGAGGAUGCAGAGAACCAGUUUGCUGGCUCACGGCCUAUGAAUGCUGGGUGCCUGAGACCUGUCUCUUCCAGGCCACAGGAGACUGUGCAGGCACAGUCUUCCGGGCAGCUGCCAGCAUGUUCCACUGCUCCUUCAGAGGCUUUGGGCCUGCCAGCCCUGGGACUCCGCCUUCCUACCUCCAGCAUGCCUAAGGCCUCCGGGGGUCCACCUUCCACAGCAACAGCCCCCCUAAGGCCUGUCUCGACUUCGAGCAGCUGGACUGGCAAUCAGAGAAAAGUGACACUGACAGAAGUGCUCAAAGAGCCAGCAAGACCCCAGUUCUCAGUCUCUCACCCCCUGCUCACCUUUGAGAGCCAACAGCAGGUGAUUGGUGGCUUCGAGGGGUCUGAACAAGAUGAAUUUGAUAAGGUCCUGGCAAGCCUGGAGCUGGAGGGGCCUGGCAUGGAACUGGAACUUGGAGUCAGCAGUGAGGCCACAGGAAUCCUGCCCACUUGGCAGCAGGAGGACUCAGUAUUAGCUAAAAAGGCCCGGGUAGCUGAUGUGAGCAGAUCUUGCCGAAAGGGGUCCCUGCCUGCCACCCACAUAACUGGUGUCAUGUCAGCCUGGAAUGAGCCUCCAGAUCUUGGUGUCCACUGUAGGACUCCACAGCCCCGCUUGAGACCUGGUGCUGCGGGUAACCUUUCUAUGCCAACUGCCUCAACAGUGCCUGCUCAGCAACCCCCCAGGGAAGUCUGUCCCCAAAGUCCCCUUCUUCGAGCACCCCAGCCUCUCCAAGCUGCUGGCGGGCCUGUUCAGAGCAGCCCUCAAAAUCAUUUCCCCAGUCAGCCAUUCCAGUCUCCAAGUGCCUGCUUAAGUGGCAAACCUCGUUUUCCCGGACUACGAACUCCCAACUCAAGCGGUUCUACUCCCUCAAGGACUAUCUCUGGAUUAUUUUCUCAGGGGCCCAUACGACCCCGAGCUCCAGUGUCUUCUGUCAAGUCUCCUUUCGGCACCCCAAAGAGUCCCCGUUCCUCCCUGGUUCCCCAAGCAGCUCUGCAGACGCCCAUCGUUACCAACCACCUGGUGCAGCUGGUCACUGCUGCCAACCGGACACCCCAGCGGCCCACCCGCACCUCUACCCGCACCAAAACACGCCGCUUCCCUGGCCCAGCAGGCAUCCUACCUCACCAGCACAGUGGGAAAAAUCUGGAGGAGAUCAUGGUCUCUACGCCCCAGACUCCAACUCAUGGUGCUCUGGCUAAAUUCCGGACAGAGAUCGUUACUAGUUCCCAGGCAUCAGUGGAGGAGGAUUUUGGGCAAGGGCCCUGGCUGACCAUGAAAUCUGCUCUGGGCCUGGAUGAGAGAGACCCCACCUGCUUCCUCUGUACCUACAGCAUCGUCAUGGUGCUGCGGAAGGCAGCCCUGAAGCAGCUUCCCAGGAACAAGGUCCCCAACAUGGCAGUGAUGGUCAAGUCCCUGACUCGGAGCACAGUGGACGCCAGUGUGGUUUUCAAGGACCCUACGGGAGAGAUACAGGGCACAGUGCACAGGUUGCUGCUUGAGACCCGCCAGAAUGAGCUGAAGCCUGGCUCGGUGCUGGUGCUAAAGCAGGUUGGAGUGUUUUCUCCUUCACUCCGAAAUCACUACCUCAAUGUGACGCCCAACAACCUGGUCCAUAUUUACAGCCCAGAUUCUGGGGAUGGGAACUUCUUCAAGCCAUCGCAGCCCUUCCCCAAGGAUCCAGGAAGCUUCCAUGGCAGCCUCCAGCACGAGACUGUGAAGCCCGGGAAAGGCCUCAGAACAGCAGAGAACCCAGAGGCAGAGGCAUCCCCUGAGGAAGAACUCCCAGAAGCUGAUGACCUGGAUGGACUCCUGAGUGAGCUCCCUGAGGACUUCUUCUGUGGGACCAGCAGUUGGGACUGCUCCGAGGCAGGGCACCCACCAUGAGCAGGCAGCCUCUCAGCACCCAAGCAAGGCUCUGGUUGUGUCUGACUGUGUCUGAGGGAGAGAGGAAGACCAGCACCAUUGGAGCAUA